AUGACUGUAGACGGGGAUGAAAAAGCGGCCCGGGUUCGCGUGUUCAUGGACAUUUCGAUAGGGGGCUUGCCAUCAGGACGUCUUGUCUUUGAAUUAUUCAAUGACAUCGCUCCUAAGACGGCAGAAAACUUCCGUGCGUUAUGCGCCGGAGACAUGGGCGUGGGGAAGAACACGGGGAAACCUCUUAUGUAUAAGGGCAUGGUGUUCCAUAGAGUAGUGAAGGAUUUCAUGAUCCAAGGAGGUGAUUUUACAAAUGCCAAUGGUACUGGAGGGGAAUCUAUCUAUGGUGGAACUUUUGAAGAUGAGACAUUUGAAUUGAAACAUGAUAGGCCUUAUUUGUUGUCGAUGGCCAACCGAGGCAAAGAUACAAAUGGUUCACAGUUUUUUAUAACAACACAGCCGGCGCCGCAUCUCGACAAUGUGCACGUAGUGUUCGGUCAAGUAAUCGGCGGUGCGACCCUGGUGCGGCAGCUGGAGGCGUUGCCGGUGGACCGAAACGCGCGACCGCUGCAGGACGUCACCGUCACCAACUGCGGACAGCUGGUCAAGCUGCAGACUGCAGCUAAAAAGCGCAAAGAAGAAAAGGAGGAUAAAGAAGAAAGUGAUGCAGAGUCUGAGCGCUCUCACAAGAAGGACAAAAAGAAGAAGAAGGAUAAGAAAGAAAAGAAGAAGAAAAGGCGCCACUCUGAACCAUCAGAAAAUGAGGAAGCAGUUGCCCAGGAGACACCAGCCCAUCCCCUAGUCACCACUUCUAAGAUAGACCCUCGGGAGAUACCAGACGUACCGACUAACAGGUUCCUAAUGAGGGGCGGUCGAGAUAAUGAUGACAGGAACGACCCCAGACGCGAUAGAGAGAGGAUGAGGUACCGCGAGAGGGAGCAUCAUCGGUCCUACACUCGCAGCGGCAGGGUCAUCAAGGGACGCGGUGUAUUCCGCUAUCGCACGCCGUCUCGCUCCCGCUCCCGAUCUCGCUCCGUGACCCCCCCUCACUGGCGCCAGGCUCAGCGACGUAUUAUCAAGCUGUCAGAGUUUGAGCGCGCUGAACAGGAGAGAGCUGACAGGGACCACCAAGAGUCUAAUAAGAAGUCCGCUGAGAGGCAGCAGAAUCGCGACGGGGAAGGUACUCCAGCCAGGCCACCAUCAGAGAAAGAGGAGGGAGAGUUAGACACUACUCAAGGCUCAGAUCAUCGCCACGACAAAAUUGAUUAUAACGCGCUGGACUUUGAGGAGGACAUCGAACAUGAUAAUGAGGGUUCGGGGGGUCCCUCGCGCGCGGCCCCGGCGGAGCGGCGCGCGGCGGGCGACGCGCGCGCGCACCUGCUGGCGCUGGCGCUCGGCGUCAACCCCAAGCACGACCAGCAGAGGGAUGCCCGCGUACCCCGCGAACUCCACACCCGCCGCCGUGAACUUCCGACUUCUUCGGUGAAUUACGCAGCACCGAAGCUAUCCUCGGCCGUCGCUAAUGUGUCUGAGGGUCUGGCUAAAGCCAGCCAGGAUGAUAAACCCAAGGAGGGAUACGACCCAUUCAGCCUGCUCAGAAGCACGUUUAGUAGAGGUGCGGAGAGGGACCAGAGAAAAGACGAUCGAGCUAACCGCUUCGAGCGUCCUGAACGCUUGGAUCGCUCUGAGCGGCCAGAUCGCGCUGAAAAACCUGAUCGCACCGAACGUCCAGAUCGCUUCGACCGCCGCAACAACAGAGAUAGACGCGAGUCAGAGAAAGAUAAGGAACGCGAUGAUAGACGUGACAAAGAUAAAGAAAGAGAUGACAACAGACGUGAUAGACAUCGCAGCGAGCGAGAUAGAAAACAUUCAGAACACAGGAGAGAUGAUAAAGUCGAUAGGAAGGAUGAUAAAACGCUUAGAAGUGACAAAUCAGAAAAAAAGGACGUAGAAAAACCAGAUGGGAAAGAUAGAGAAAAAUCUGAACGGAGAGAUAGAGAAAGAAGCAGGGAUAAGAAGAAUAGGGAAGAUGAACGAAAGAAAGAAGAUGAUAAGGAUAAGAAAAGGAGACGUUCGCGUACGCCAUCGCCCGUCAAAGAUAGAGAACACUCUAAAUCGCGCGAUCGUAAACCUUCUGUAACGGAAACGCGUGAGAAGAGCGGCGAAAAAACCCCUCAAGACGAAGAGAAAAAGAAAGAGGUAGACAGAGACGAAGCUCGCAAGGAGUUAAUGGAGAUCGUGCGCCUCAUCAAGUCUAGACAACGUGAUCGGGAGAAUAAAGCGGCAGUAGAAGUCAAGAAGAAGAGAGAUUCGUCUCACUCGCACAGUUCCGAUUCAGACGACGACAAGAAUAAGAGACGUCGCCGAUCGUCCGAUAGAGAUCGCAGGAGACGUAGCAGGUCCAGGAGCCGCCAGCGCACGACCCGACGCCGGACUCGCUCCCCGCGCUCCUCCCGCAGGCGCUCCACCUCCUCGCGGUAG